AACAUUUCUGUCUGUUUGCUGUAGACCAAAGGAGGACAGGAGGAGAUCCCUUGUUUCUUUACAGAGGGAGUGAACUUCCAUUCUACAAUACACGGGGAAGCUAAGCUAAAUAAUCACCAAAUGUUUAUCCACACACUAUUUAAAUAAAAAUAAAAAAGAAUGUUCUGAGAGGUUUUACUGCACUUAUUAACUUUCACACCUGCACUUUUCUGAGUGAUCGAGACGAGUAAGCAUCUGCAUCUGCUUGAAAGCUCUCCUAUAAGAAAAGAAAAUGGAGAAGAUCAUUCUGCUGUUCCUUGCAAGUGUCGCUGGAGUUUUGAGUCAGACUGAUAUGGCUCACAAGUCUUUCAUUUUUGCAAAGAAUUACAGCUUGCCUGUACAACUCUUAUAUGAUGGCGAUGGUCCUAGCUUCCAGCUCACUGUUUGCCUAAGAUCCUGCUCAAACCUCACUGAGAGCGUUAUGUUAAGCCUUAUCAGUGGUUUCCAGUUUAACUUUCUAUUCCUCAUUCUUGGAAGCGGUCCUGACUCCAACGCUGGUCUGGUCUGGGUUCAAGGACAAAAGGUGGAUGUCUACUUCCCUACCGAUGACAAAAGAAAACAACGAAACAUCUGCUUGAGUUGGGACUUUCAGAAUGGCGAGAUGAGUCUGUGGGUCAACGGAAAGAUCUCAGAGAGAAGAAAGUACCCCAAAUUAGUCAUAUCCUAUAGGAAUCCAAAUAUUUUUUUAGGCCCUGGUCAGAUUUUCUUAGGUGGUAAACCAAAGUUAGAGGUGGGGGAAGUGACAGAUGUCCAUGUUUGGGAUAGAGUGCUGACCUCACAAGAAAUUGUAGACUUUCAUGAUAAGAAAGGGAUAGCUGGAAAUGUCCUUAAUUGGAGCGCUUUAAAUUAUAAGAGAUCUGAUGGUGACUUUACUGUGGGCAAAUUUAAAUGUAAAGUUCAAUGUCACCAAUAGCUUGGCCACCUUGAGCCACAAAAUCUGAGUAUUUGUUAGCCCAAACUCUAUAGUAAACCAACAUGCUAUAAAGCAGGGGUCUCCAAACCUUUCAGUAUGAGGGCCACAUUGUAUAUUUUUUCAAAUAUUUGAGGGCCAAAAAUAAAAUAAAAAAUAAAAUAAAAUUUUAGUGAAUGAAAAAACUUGCUCCAAGACAAAAAUUCAGGAGUCCACCCAUCAUACCAGAAGUCUCUCCAUAAGGCUCCAUGCACAGUGGAAGCUAAAAAAAAGCUAUAAAAAAUGCAGUAUCUUUGCAGGGAGCCUUUCAAUU